AUGAAUGUACACAGACAGAAGUUUAAGAUCCGAAGUGGUAUAAACGAUGAGGCAAAGCAUUGUCCGCUCAUUAAUUGGAUCAGAUCAAGUCUAAUUUCUUUUGGAGCGAUUUUGGAAACGCACGUGCAGGAACCUAACCUAAACCACAUACUAUAUAAGUUAGGGCCGGAGUGGUCCAUUAUUAGUAACUAUCUGUAUUCUCCUCUUGGUAAAAUCUGGGUUAUCUUCAAGCUUCCUACUAAGGUUAAGUUGUUAACUGUGUCUUUGCAAUCUAUAACCGUUGAGGUCCUUUUGGAGGAUGGUCACAGUUUUAUCUACACGGCUGUCUAUGCAUGUAAUUCUUUGGAGAUCAGGCGAGAGUUAUGGGACUCCCUAAGGGUUUUGUUCUCGUCCCUUCUCUUAUCUUCUCGUCCUUGGCUGGUGAAUGGUGCCUUUAACGAGAUCCUUUAUCCAUCCAAGACCUCCAACUCAGCCAUCUUUAGGUCUUCUUCUGCUAUGAGAGCUUUUGGGGAGUGUCUUGCUGAUGUGGGUCUUUUCGACCUUCUUUUCCAAGGCCCUCGUUUUACCUGGUCCAACCACCAACCCAAAGAUCCCAUCUGCAAGAGAAUUGAUAGGUGUCUUGUCAAUGGCCCUUGGCUGAUGGAGUUUCCUUUGAGCCGUUGUGAAUUUGAAGCCCCGUUAUUUUCGGAUCAUUGCCCGUGUCGCAUCCAGAUUCUCCCCAAGCCGCGUUCUUUUGUUUCUAACUUGGGUGAUCUGUGUUUCAAGCUCAAGCAGCUUAAGCUUCCCUUAAAGUCCUUGUGUAAGGAGAACUAUAGUGAUUUAGAGAAGAGGGUGCUUGCGGCAAAUGAUAUCCUUCUCUCUGCCCAGGUUCUUGCUCUUAACGAUCCCUCGGAAGCAAAUCUACGUGCAAAAAAGGAAGCAAGGGUUUCAUGGGUGUCAUUGCAGCAAGCAGAAGAAAGCAUUCUCGGUAAUAUUAGAGGUCAGUUCUGCCCAGAGCUUCCAGACUUCCUUGAAUCUUUUAACCUUCCAUCCAUCUCGGCGUCUCAGCAAGAGUCUCUUCUUGCACCUGUAACCAAAGAAGUGAUUCAGGACUCUCUUAGAAGAAUUCCCUCUAGUAAAACUCUGGGCCCGGAUGGUCUCACCGCUGAGUUUCUUAGAGCGGCCUGGAGUAUUAUCGGGGAAGAGCUUUCAGCAUCGGUGAUUAACUUUUUCUCCAGUUCCUUCAUGCCUUCGGCUCUCAACUCCACCUCUCUAGUUCUGCUUCCCAAAAGACCUGGUGCUGAAGAAUUAAAAGAUUUUAGACCGAUCUCCUGUCUUAACACGGUCUACAAGCUGAUUACUCGGAUUCUGGCUGAUUGGCUAAAGGAUAUCAUGCCUUCUCUGGUGGAUCUGAAUCAGACAGCUUUUUUCAAGGAUAUGCUCCUCCUGGAGAAUGUAUUGCUUGCCUCUGAGGUAUUAAAUGGAUAUCACCGGGACUCUUCUCCUGGUAAAUUCACCCUGAAGGUGGACAUAUCUAAGGCUUUUGACUCAAUCCAUUGGGACUUCAUUUUGAGCUCUCUUCAGGCGUAA